AUGGGGGCAGGGGCAUCGAUUCCGGGGGGGGUAGAUCCGGCACUGUCUGACGCGGAAAAGGCUGCACUGUUUACACAUCUUCAGGCAGAGUACGUCGCGAAGGCGGCAGGGGAAGGCUCGGACGACAAGAGCAUAAUGAACUCUCUCAAGCAAAGCUAUACAACCAAGAUCAAGGAGCUAGCGGAAGCGGAGAAAAAUGGCGACGAUUCAUCCGAUAAGGAAAUUGCGGCGACGGCGGCAGCGUUCUCGGAGAAGUUUGGCGGUGCCGGAGCAGAACCUGUGGCCGGUGGCAAGACAUCGGAGUUCAGGAAACGCCGACUUUCGGUUACGUCCACACAGGCGGCACCAAAGGUUGCCGUCGCGGAGUCACGUCGUCAGAACUCCAUAGCCAUGUACACCAGCCAGGAGAUCGGCGCGGCACCGGACACGGUUCCCUUGCCGUUUCCAGACGCCAAGGUGGGUACGUACUCGUGCCACGGCGUGGAGCCCAGCUACAGUACCGGUCGGGACGACGACGACGGCGUGACUGCCAAGAUCAACCAGGACAGGGGUUGCGUGGUGUACCCGUUCAACGAGGACCCCAAGCACGCGCUCUUCUCGGUGUUCGACGGACACGGGGAGCACGGGGAUGUGGUGUCCAACUUUGUGAUGCACGAGCUGCAGGCGUGCUUGGCGGCGCACCCCUCUCUGUUGGACGACCCCGCCAAGGCUCUCAUGGAGUCUUACGUUCAGGUCGACGAGUCGCUCGCCGCGUCGAAGGGGGAAGAGGCGACUUUCUCGGGAACCACGGCGGUGUCGGUGCUCAUGCGGGAGAACAAACUGUGGAUCGCCAACGCGGGGGAUAGCCGCGCCGUGCUCGCUCAUGAGGACGGGGCUGAGCUGAAGGCGGUCGAUCUAAGCGUGGACCAGAACCCGAACUCCCCGAAGGAGCAGGCUCGCAUUGAAGCCGCAGGAGGGUUUGUCAGCCCCCCUCCCGAGCCAGGGCUCAGCUCGAGGGUAUGGCUCGACGCUGCCAUGACUCAGAUAGGGCUGGCCAUGGCGCGCUCCAUCGGAGACCACGCGGUGAAGUCUAUUGGGGUGGUGGCGGAGCCGGAGGUGACGACGCACACCAUCGCGGCUGGGGACAAGUUUAUCGUGCUGGCUUCGGACGGCGUGUGGGAGUUCGUAAAGAGCCAGGAGGCCAUCGACAUCGUCAACACCAGUUUGGAGGAGGGGACCAUGAAGGCGACGCAAGACCUCAUUGAGGCCGCGGCGACCAAGUGGCGGGAGGUGGAGGGGGACUAUCGCGACGAUAUCACCGCCGUCGUCAUCCGCCUGCCAUGCUUCCCCGAGUGAAGGAAAAUCCAGUAGACAAAGUUAUUUGAUGAUAUUGUUAUAGUUGUCGAUGUCUUUUGCGUCGCUGCCGACUACGUCGGGACAGUAAGUCCCUUAUGUGUUUCGGGGAGACUGGCGAAGGUUGCAGCAGCGACGCGCGGUCUUUUGCGGUAUGCGGAUGCUCUCUGGCACGCUUGGUCCGUGUGGCCGCCAUGGCCAGGGAGGAGAGGCGUGCGUCAAGGUUGGAUAGAGAGAGCACUUGACGGUAGUUUUCCUGACACCCGAUCGCACGCCACAGACAGGCGCGACCCUUUACGAUAGGUUAGCCCACGGCUGACCCGCCUCUGAAGCGCAAUGGGGCAACCACUGUUGUGGCAUGAACAACAAUAGAGUUGCCCAAUAUCUGCGGUGUUGCCUGGAAUGCAGUCCAUGCUCUGUAGUGCUCCUGUGUUGUUUGAUCGAUACGCGUCACGGGGACGUCAAGACCGCCGGGGAAGUACGCCGCACUGAGGAUGCGCGAAACGAUACAACACCGAUCAACGGUUGCCGUUCCUUGAGGUUGCUAUGCGUAUUAAUAGCUGUGGGUCUUCCCACGUUCGAUACGUCGCGGUCACAUCGACAGAACUGGGCUUGGUCGGGGAGUGUAGAUGAUUUGACACAUACAUGUAGACUUAGAUAACGGUAGAGUCAUGAUGGGUACAGUGUUAACCAUUUUAUUAUAUCAUCUGGUAUGUUCGAUAUUUUUUCUGUUGUAUGCUCACCUUCGCAGCCGGCCGAUUGGUGCUGGGGAUCAAUCACUUGGCACCAGUUUUCGGGUAGGCGGUUCAAGCGACACUGUUUUGUGUUGUAUUGUGAUACCAACUCGACUAGUAUCGUAGCGUUGCCUGUCUGAAGCUUUCAAGUUUUUAGCGGUUAGUAAAGUCGAGAGAGCGCACACAGCGACACGCUCGCUCACCGAGCACGGCCGAUAGCUUGCCGAAAUAAACAAA